AAUACCCCUUGUGGCGCAGUCCUAUGUCCCAGGACAGCGACAUCUGAAAAGUCGCAAUGGAGGGGCUCAGAGAUGUAAUGGGAACCUUGUGGUUUAAAGUUGGCUGCUCCGUGGCAAGCGUUGUUUUAGGAUACGUUAUUGUGAAGAGGCUCACAAGAAGAGAGAAGAAAAUUGCCCCCAAAGACACAGUGAUCCUAUAUCAAAUAGGGCGUGGUCCCAAAGCACCAAGUAUUUCACCUUUUCCAUUGAAGCUGGAAACAUAUCUAAGGAUGGCUAAAAUUCCUUAUGAGAAUGACCAUACAGGCAAAUUCUCAUCCAAGGGGAAGACGCCAUGGAUGGAAUACAAUGGUGUGGUAGUGGCAGAUUCUCAGUUCUGUAUUGAGUACCUGAACAAGGAACGUGGUAUAGAUCUUAAUGCCCACCUCACUGCUGAACAGAAGGCCAUUGCCAGAGCCUUCCAGAAGAUGACAGAGGAGAAUCUCUACUGGACUAUGUGCUAUGUCACAUUUGGAGAUGAUCUUACAGCUUUAUACAGAGUGAUACCAUACAAAGGUCUAGUUCGGUGGUUACUGUCCAGAUUGAUACGAAGGAAUAUUCAACAAGAAAUGUGGGGUCAUGGCAUUGGGAGGCACGCUAAGGAUGACAUACUUCACAUUGGCUUUAAUGACUUAAACUCUCUGUCUGAUUUUUUAGGUUGCCUUGAUCAGAACUGCUCAGCUGUUGUAGAAGCUUUGGCAUACUUUCAAAGAGAGAAGAAAAUUGCCCCAAAAGACACAGUGAUCCUGUAUCAGAUAGGGCGGGGUCCCAAAGCACCAAGUAUUUCACCUUUUCCAUUGAAACUGGAAACAUAUCUAAGGAUGGCUAAAAUUCCUUAUGAGAAUGACCAUACAGGCAAAUUCUCAUCCAAGGGGAAGACGCCAUGGAUGGAAUACAAUGGUGUGGUAGUGGCAGAUUCUCAGUUCUGUAUUGAGUACCUGAACAAGGAACGUGGUAUAGAUCUUAAUGCCCACCUCACUGCUGAACAGAAGGCCAUUGCCAGAGCUUUCCAGAAGAUGACAGAGGAGAAUCUCUAUUGGACUAUGUGCUAUGUCACAUUUGGAGAUGAUCUUACAGCUUUAUACAGAGUGAUACCAUACAAAGGUCUAGUUCGGUGGUUACUGUCCAGAUUGAUACGAAGGAAUAUUCAACAAGAAAUGUGGGGUCAUGGCAUUGGGAGGCACGCUAAGGAUGACAUACUUCACAUUGGCUUUAAUGACUUAAACUCUCUGUCUGAUUUUUUAGGUCAGAAGCCAUUCCUGAUGGGGGAUGAGCCCUGUGAGACGGACUGUGCCAUCUUUGGUAUGCUGGCCCAAGUUGUCUGGCAUAUGCCAAAUUCUCCACAUGAGAAGUGGAUCAAAGAGGAAUUUCCAAACCUCACUGAAUAUUGCUACAGAAUGAAAGAACGCUUUUGGCCAGAUUGGGAUGAAAAUAUCACUGAACCUGAAAGAAAGAAGAUGGAAUAAUAACAGUUGUACAAUGUGCAAAUAGUUAACCUGAAUCCAAAUGACGGAAUAGGAAUAGACUGAGAGGUGCCUAUCACUAAACCCAAAACUGUACUGAUGGGAAAGUACUAUUGCACACCUAAAAUAUAAAUCCACGUGGAAAGAGGAGUGAUGUAUUCAUUGAAUGAAGAAAAAACAACCAAGUAUUGUUGACAUGGGAUAUGUGCAGGAUUAUCUCUUGAACUAAAAUCAAAAGUGGAAAUAGUGCCAUGAUGCCUGUGAAUGUGCUGCACAAUGGAGUAAAUUUCUAAAGAAAAAACUUUGUAAUGCUUAGGUGGACAAUUUGUUUUUGCGCUUUCUAGUUCUGUUCCCAGAAUCACCAGUGAAGCAGUUUGAAAAUGCAUAAACUUAUCAGCAUCUUGAUUUGUCUUCCAUAUUUUAAUCUUUUGAAAUAAUAAUUGAAGGUGUUAUUAGGUUAUACUGUAAUCAGUUCAUAUUUAUGUGGAAACAUUCCUUAUCUUGAUAUAUAUUUUAUAUUGAGUUGACAUAGAGUUAAUCAGAAUUAUAUUUUUUCACCUAGUUUUGUAACUAAAAAUUAUAUAAAUUUUUAAUUUUUACAAGGGAACCACCUGGUAUUUUAUGUUCAAAUUUUUCCAGCACUUAAAAAAAAAUCAUUACUUUUCUUUUUGCAUUUAAUUUAGAUCUAGAUUAAUAUAUUUUUGUGUCCAUCCCGGAAGAUCUACAGUUAAUUGUUUUCUACAUGUAUUACUCUGUCAUGUAUCAUUUUAUUUUAUAUUUUAACACAAAGUGGUAAGAUAAAAUAUGUUCCCAUGUAAAAUAUUCACGUUAAUUGGAUUGUUUUUAAGAUUCAGUUUUGAAAAGAAAAUAAUCUAUGACAUCCCAUUUUUCUAGGGCUGAAGCUCAGAGUUAUCUUUUUCUUUUACAGGAGAAAUAAUUUCUUAACUUGAAAACUGGAGCACUCAGAUUUUCAAUAUAUAAUUAUCAAAGGACUAAAGAUACAUAUUAAUACAUUAUUACAUAGGAAAUUGCUUUGUGGUGAAGACUAAUGGCGAAGAGGGGUGAAUUUGAGUGACAAUAAAUU